UGCGCACUACACCAUGCACUGACGUAAAAUACUCUCAACGGCUCAGAAUAGGCCUGGCUGCCUCACAACUUGUAACACCACAUCCACGCAGCUGCUUCUUCAUUCUUCUCUUCAUCGCUUUGGCGCACCAUCUACUGUUCAAUGAGAGUCGGACUACAAACGAGUCUUGCCGCUUGCUUUCAUUUUUCGUGCAUUCUCGCGCAUUCAACAAGGCGACAAGCGAUACAAGUCGUCGAUACGGUCGGCGACGUCGGUUUCUUCUCGCGACAAUCGCCAGCAUCGUCUGAUGCGCCAAUAGAAAUCUCUUUCUAUGCUUCCAGCACCGGUUCUGUUAACCUUGAACUCUCGCCUACGCCUGACUUGUUUGACAACACGCAAGUCAUCUACCACGAUACACAGGGCGGUUUUCUACGGUCGGAAGAAAUCAAUCCAGAUGACUACUGGGUGUACAAAGGUUAUGCGAUGCAAUCGUCGUCGGAGACAAUGGAGACACUCAGGGUUGGUCAUGCGCGCGUUUUGAUCCAUUCUCUGCAGCCACUAUUGUUUGAAGGCUCCUUCCAAGUCGGUGAAGCCAUGUAUCAUGUGCAACUGCUGGAGGACUACAAUCGUGACUGGCAGCUGGGCGACGCAAAACCAGACACGAGUGACCCAGACACAAUGGUCGUCUGGACUGACAGCAGCUUAGAGCCACGUCUGGCCAAACGGUCUGGGUCGACGUGGGACGACGAGCUACCGAGCGUUUGCAAUAGCGACAACCUCGAUGCUGGUCUCAAUGGCUACUCUAGCUCAGUGGGCGCACUUAUCAAGCGCCAACUUGUCGGUGACACGGGCCGCACAUUUGUUACACAGGCACAACUUGCUCGUACCAUUGGUUCUACUGCCGGAUGCCCUACAGAAAAGCUUGUCGCCUUGAUUGGUGUCGCUGCAGAUUGCAACUUCGUCGCUGGCUUUUCAUCUACACAAGCUGUCCGGAGCAACAUCAUCUCUGCAAUCAACCAAGCCUCACAAGUCUAUGAGAGUGCCUUCAACAUCACACUUGGGCUGGCAUCUAUCGUACUGACGGAGAGUUCAUGUCCAACAAGUCAAUCGAGCAGUUCUCCAUGGAACACCGCGUGCGAUUCAUCUACCACGAUUGAAGACAGACUCAAUCGCUUCUCACAGUGGCGAGGCCAGCAGUCUGAUUCUUACUCUGCCUGGCUCCUUCUGUCUACCUGUAAUACUGCCUCGGAGAUUGGUGUCGCUUGGCUUGGCACACUUUGCAAUGCCAACACCACCACGCAGUCAUCUUCCAGUGUAUCGAGUACAGGUGUUGUGACAUCUGCUGCAGGUGGCACGUCCUACUGGAAGACCUUUGCACAUGAGCUGGGCCACAUUUUUGGUGCAAACCACGAUUGUACUGCUUCAUGCUCUCUCGACACCUCCACCACAUGCUGCCCGCUUUCUGCAGGUACCUGUUCGUCUGCUGGCGCCUUUCUCAUGAACCCUUCCAGCAGUUUCAGCGCAACACGAUUCUCUCCCUGCACGGUUGGACAGGUCUGCACGAACCUCCUUCGCCGAACAGUGGCUUCAUCGUGUCUUUCUCGCAACCAAAACGUCAAGCUUGAAACAGCAGCGACAUGCGGUAAUGGUAUUGUUGAGGAAGGUGAAGACUGUGACUGUGGUGGCACAGCAGAAUGUGCCAAUAACCCUUGCUGUAACCCAACCACCUGCAAGUUCAACACUGGUGCCGUGUGUGAUCCGAGCAAUGCAGCGUGUUGCACACAACAAUGUCAGUUUGCUGGGAACAGCACCAUUUGUCGUGCUUCUGCGGGUCCCUGUGAUCCAGGUGAGUCGUGCAGCGGUACUUCUGGCCAAUGUCCCGAGGACGGGUUCGCUCGUAACGGUCAGUCUUGUGGAUCAAAUGGACUUGUUUGUGCUUCAGGGCAGUGUACGAGUCGCGAUGCACAGUGCCAGCAGCAGUUCAACGGCUCGUCUGGUGCGUGCGACGAUGUCCAGUGUGCCUUGACGUGUCGUGUUCAGGGACAGUGCUACAUCGCCAACCAGUACUUCAUCUCAGGGACGCCAUGCGGGAAUGGUGGUGUUUGCCGUCUCGGCAACUGCGACCAAGGUUCCGUUGGCAAUCAAAUCACCAGUUGGUUUGAACGUAAUCGGAAUUGGUUCAUCCCUGUGAUUGCCGUUGUCGGAGGUCUCAUUGUGAUUACUGUGUUGUGGUGCUUGAUCUCACCUUGUCUACGAAAGAAGAGAAAGAAUACACCGCCGCCGCAGAUGACUUAUUCAAGCCAGCAGUAUGCACCACAAGGUCAAUACCCGGCUGUGCAGCCAACGCAGUACUACCCACCUGCCAACUACCCGCAGUACCCGCCGACCGUGGCGACCCGUUCGCGGCCAUACUGAGGUCGUCUCCGCGAAUUCCCGUGUUUAGCAUUUUGUACGUGUAGGUUUAUGAAGGGGUGUAGCAUGCACUGUGAUUGAUGACCCGUCGCAGGCUCGCAACUGGAUAGACAAGCUCGUCUAUCGGUAUAUCGGGACUAUGUUGUCAUGAUCAAUGUCUUUGGCAGGCCUGGAGAUGAGAUCACAGCCCGGGGAAGACGCUUUAAGGUGGCAGCAGAAGAGUGGCCGGGUCAGGCGGUUCUCCACAAAAUGACACGAUCGGCAAGCAGCUUGCGCCAGCCCACGUCUUUGCUCGC